GCAGGCCAGUCUAAUGCCUUAAAACAAAGCUUUCUUGACCUACUUUGCCGUUCAGAUCGAUUUCAUGUAAUGUAGAGCUUUUUCGAAGUUUCUGAAGCACUGCAAAAAUGUGAUAUGACAAUAUAAGUAGGUGACCAAUGAGUAUUUUUACGAAUAUUAACUUUUAUUCAACGUUCGCUCCAUCAAAUGAUCAUAUAUGACUGGUUUUAUUUGCGCGGACUAACUCUUAAACGGGCAAUUGAUCCAUAAUUGCAAAAUCUAUCAUUUCAAAUUUGUUACUUUUGUAGCAUACACCAAUUGCAAAAUCUUUUUCUCCUGCUACUGUAUGAAUUGGAGAACCCACAAUAUUGACAAUUUUUUAAAAUCAUUUUAGCUGUGUCUCUUUUAAAAUUGUGAAGCAUCUCAUUCAAAUCAUUUUCAGUGAAAAAGUUGGGCACUAGUUUUUCUAAGGGGUGUAAUCAGACAGAAAGAAAUGCGUCCAAAAUGUAUUUUUCCACACGCUCACUAUCAAUGGACAAGAAUCGAUCUUGUUAGUCUUCCUCGGAUUUCCGAGGAUCCACAUCCUCCCCAUCUCAUCAAGUCUUGGACACAUCAGAGCGUCUUCCCAACAUGGAUUCUAUUAAAAAAAAGAUGACAUCCUUGUCUCAAGCCACUGAUGAGGCCAACACUAGAGCUCAAGAGCACGAGCGCGAAACCCGUCAAGUGAACGAGGUUGCUGAUAAAUCCGAGGAACAGAUUAGGAACAUCCAAAAGAAGAUGCAAGCCUUGGAAGGUCAAUUGGACUCCUGCACGGAGAAGCUCUUUGACGUGACCACUAAGUACGAGGACAAGGAGAAGCAUUUCAGCAACGCUGAAGGUGAUGUGGGAGCCCUGACUCGGCGAGUGGUUCUUCUGGAAGAGGAAGUGGAUCGAUCGGAGCGCCAUCUAGCUAAUGCGAUCACGGAUCUGGCUAAGCACUCCCAAAGAGCGGAUCAUGCAGUGAAGAAACGCCAACAACUCGAGAACUUCAACACUGCCAGCGAGGAGCAAUGCGACAAGUUGGAGUACCAAUACAAGGAGGACAAGUUUACCUUGGCCGAAUCCGAGAGGAAGUACGACGAUAUCGCGAGGAAGCUCCAUGGGAAGGAGGAGGAACUCCUUCGGGGCAAUGAACGCUGUGAGGCAUGUGAAAGGAAGAUCAUUGAUCUCGAAGAGGAACUUCAGGCCGUUGGUCAGAAUUUGCAACAAUUAGAGGUCUCAGAAGAAAAGGCUUUGAAACGAGAGGAAACUUAUUUGGGACAGAUGAAGAGCUUGAACGAUUCCUUAAAGUCUGCAGAGAACCGAGAGGAGAACGCCACGAUGAACAUCCAGAGGCUAAACAUCCGCAUUGACCAAGUUGAGGAGGAUCUAUUAUGCGAGAAGCUGAAAAUCAAACAAAUCAGCGACGACCUAAACAUCACCUUCGAAAACAUGCUCAGCUUCACUGGAUGAUCAUUUAUUACUUUAUUACGGAAUGGAAAUCAAAAUAUGAAUAAUACAUGCAUUAUUAAAUGGCA